AUGCAAUUUGAUUCAUUAAAAAUACUCGUAGUCGGUGGUGGAACUUGGGGUCUUUCCACUUGCUACCAUUUAGCCCUACGUGGUUAUAAAGACAUUACCUGCCUAGACAAAUGGUCUUAUCCUUCCCUUGAUUCAGCCGGUAACGAUCUCAAUAAAAUGGUUCGAUCAGAAUUCGUCGACGAUCCAGUCAUGCAGCAAUUAUCACAAAUAGCAAUGCAUGCAUGGAAAACAGAUCCGCUAUUCAAGAUACAUUUUCAUGAAACGGGUCGCCUAUCGCUUGCUAAUUCUUCC